AUGGCCUUGGUAGCUGCGCAGAAACAGGAAGUCGAGUACUCCAUCAAGCCGGAAGCAGUAACUCCCACCGUGGACACCAGCUCAUGGCCACUGCUGCUUAAGAAUUACAACAAUUUACUCAUUCGCACUUCCCAUUUCACUCCAAUUCCUAAUGGAUGUGCCCCGCUCAAGCGCGACCUCAAGUCCUACAUUAGUUCUGGUGUGAUUAAUCUUGAUAAACCUUCGAACCCUUCCAGUCACGAAGUUGUCGCCUGGGUGAAGCGCAUGCUCAGAGUUGAAAAAACCGGCCACAGUGGUACUCUCGAUCCUAAAGUUACCGGAUGUCUGAUUGUCUGUAUCGAUCGCGCGACUAGACUCGUCAAGUCGCAACAAGGAGCAGGAAAGGAGUAUGUGUGUGUCAUCAGGCUUCACGACAAACUUCCAGGCGGUGAAGCACAAUUUGCACGCGCUCUCGAGACCUUGACUGGUGCUCUUUUCCAACGUCCUCCAUUGAUUUCUGCCGUCAAGCGACAAUUGCGAAUCCGAACAAUCCACGAAAGCAAAUUGUACGAAUUCGACAAUGAUAGACAUUUGGGUGUAUUCUGGGUCAGCUGUGAGGCAGGAACAUAUAUUCGUACACUUUGUGUUCAUCUGGGUCUGCUUCUUGGUGUAGGUGCACACAUGCAAGAGCUGCGACGUGUACGAAGUGGAGCUAUGGACGAGAACGUUGGAAUGGUCACUCUUCACGACGUUUUGGACGCUCAAUGGAUGCAAGAUAACACACGGGACGAGUCGUACUUGCGAACAGUUAUUUCGCCAUUAGAGACUCUUCUCACCACCUACAAGAGAAUUGUUGUCAAGGACAGCGCGGUUAACGCUGUAUGCUAUGGUGCAAAGCUCAUGAUUCCUGGAUUAUUGAGAUAUGAGUCUGGUAUUGAAGUCCACGAGGAAGUCGUUCUGAUGACCACCAAGGGCGAGGCCAUUGCUCUGGGUAUUGCCCAGAUGUCAACAGUCGAGCUCUCAACUUGCGAUCACGGAGUCGUCGCUAAAGUCAAGCGUUGUAUCAUGGAGAGAGAUCUCUACCCAAGGAGAUGGGGAUUGGGACCAGUUGCACUGGAAAAGAAGAAGAUGAAGUCUGAUGGUAAACUCGAUAAAUACGGCCGACCAAACGAGGCCACACCAGCGAAAUGGAACACCGACUACAAAGACUACAACGCACCACUUGACGGCUCAGAAGCCGCCCCAGUCGCCGAAACCACAAGCAAAUCAGAUGUAGCCGCCGCACCACCAAUCCCAGCCGUUGAUGCUGACGUCUCAAUGAUCAACGGCGACGACGAGAGCGGUAAGAAGCGUAAACGCCACGAGGGCGAGACGGCCGAAGAGAAAGCCGAGCGUAAGCGCAAGAAGAAGGAGAAGAAAGAGAAGAAAGCAAAGAAGGAAGGUAAGAAGGCUGUGGAUAGUGAUGACAGUGAAUAA